CUUCCCAGUUCACAAAGUACCUUAAUUUUUAUUCUCUCCUAAGAAACUAGGACCACCCAGUGGGGGGUGAGGGAGACACUUUCCAAUAGAGAAAAAGUAGUCCCUUAUUCUUGGGGGCUGGGCUUGUGACUCAGUGGUAGAGUGCUUGCCUAGCAUGUGUGAAGCACUGGAUUCAAUCCUCAGCACCACAUAAAAUAAUAAGUAAAUUAAAUAGAAGCGUUGUAUCCAUCUAUAAGUAAAAAAUGUUAAAAAAAUAAAUAAAUAAAUAAGUCCCGUAUUCUUAGCAGAUCAUCAGGGUAGGAACCAAACUGCAUUCCAAGCUGAGCUCACCAUCCUUUUGGGAGAUGAAUGUUUCUGUUUUUUGGUUUUUCCUCAAGCAAGAGGAAGUGAGGAAAUUAGGUUUAGGGUGCGGUAGGGGUAUAGCUUUGAGAGGCAAAAAGAUCAGAGACAGAUUAAAGAGGAAGGAACUUGAGACCAGAUUAAUUUAAAUGUUCGUUACUUCCCCCACCCCUUCUAAAGCCAUUUCAAUUCCUGGAGAGCAUUACACAUGUGUCUCAUCCUAGGCCUCUAGCCACAGCAACCUCACUACUCAUUUCCCCUGGAACUGAGGCUACAUACCUGGGCUCUCCACAGAGGGGGAUGAUGCAGGGAGGGGAAUCCCACCUGCAGUGAGUCACCUGCUAGUGUAAAGGGCGGGCCUUACAAUGCAAAGACCUUAAAAAGAGACUCAGCCACAGAGGGAGAAAAACAACAGAAGCAGCUCAGAAACUCUGAAAAACAGAGAAGCAGAACCAGAGGCAGUUCAGAGAGAAUAGGCUCAGAGCAAGAGGAAGUGGGCAGAGAUUCCACAAGGACUGGUGCAGGUCACAGAGACAACUAGAUUUGAGAAGUAGGCGACAUAAUGCUGGAGAGCAGAGCUAUGGUGCUGCUAUUGCUGCUGCCCUGGACAGCUCAGGGCUGGGCUCUGCCUGGGAGUAGCAGCCCUGCCUGGGCUCAGUGCCAGCAGCUUUCACAGAAGGUCUGCACACUGGUCUGGAGUGCACAUCCACUAAUAGGACAUAUGGACCCACUAAGAGAAGAGGGAGAUGAAGAGACUACAAAUGAUGUCCCCCAUAUCCAAUGUGGGGAUGGCUGUGAUCCACAAGGACUGAGGGACAACAGUCAGUUCUGCUUGCAAAGGAUUCACCAGGGUCUGGUUUUUUAUGAGAAGCUGCUGGGCUCAGACAUUUUCACAGGGGAUGAUGGCUCUGUGGGCCAGCUUCAUGCCUCCCUUCUGGGCCUCAGCCAACUCCUACAGCCUGAGGGUCACCACUUGGAGACUCAGCAGACUCCCAACCCCAGUCCUAUCCAGCCGUGGCAACGUCUGCUUCUCCGCUUCAAGAUCCUUCGCAGCCUCCAGGCCUUUAUAGCUGUAGCUGCCCGGGUAUUUGCCCAUGGAGCAGCAACCCAGAGCCCCUGAAGGCAACAGCUGAAAGAUGCACCCAGAUCAACAUGAUUUAGCAAUGACAAGAUAUAUCUAUCAACCUACACAACUAUAAGCCAACAAGUUAAUUAGUCCAUUAAUUUUAAUAGGACUUGCAUGAUGAAAAACUGCCAAUACUGACUUAUAUGAUGCUGACCUGUGACAAAGAUGCAUAUUUAUUAGCUGGAAAGGGAAAUUUUGGUAUUAUUUAUCCUCAUGGGAACAGUUUGGGGAGGAGGAUUAUUUAUUGUAUUUAUAUGUAAUUAUGGUUUUUUUUCAAUAAAGGUUUAUU